CACACACACAGAGCAGAGCAGCCACACACACACACACACAGAGCAGAUCCUCCUCACUGGAGCUCAGAAAGGAAAGGGAAGAUUAGACCAGAGACGUCAGUAGGAUUUUCCUCUCAGGACAGAGAAGAAAACAGCAAUAAGAUGGACGGUUUAUCGCGAGGAAGCAAAGUGAUCCAGGCGCCAGAAGAGGAGGAGGAAGAAGUGGAUCCGAGAAUCCAGGGUGAGCUGGAAAAGCUGAAUCAGUCCACAGAUGAUAUUAAUCGAUGGGAAACUGAACUAGAGGACGCUCGUCAGAAAUUUCGAACCGUUUUAGUUGAAGCCACUGUUAAACUUGAGGAGCUUGUUAAGAAGCUAGGAAAAGCUGUCGAUGAUUCCAAGCCUUACUGGGAAGCCAGAAGAGUAGCACGACAGGCACAGCUCGAGGCUCAGAAAGCCACGCAGGAUUUCCAAAGGGCCACUGAGGUGCUACGGGCAGCCAAAGAGACGAUCGCUUUGGCUGAACAGAGGCUGCUGGAAGAUGAGGAACGUCAGUUUGAUUCAGCGUGGCAGGAGAUGCUUAACCAUGCCACACAACGGGUUAUGGAAGCAGAACAGACAAAGACCAGAAGUGAGCUGUUGCACAAAGAAACAGCCAUCAAGUACAACGCUGCAAUGGGCAGGAUGAAGCAACUGGAGAAGAAAUUAAAACGAGCCAUAAAUAAAUCCAAGCCUUAUUUUGAAAUGAAAGCAAAAUACUACCUUCAGCUUGAGCAUUUAAAGAGGAAUGUAGAUGAGCUCCAGGCCAAGCUUUCUGCAGCCAAAGGAGAAUACAAGACUGCCUUGAAGAAUCUGGAGAUGAUUUCCGAUGAGAUUCAUGAAAGAAGGCGCUCCAAGGCAAUGGGUCCCCGAGGGAGAGGUGUAGGUGCUGAAGGGAAUGAAAACUCGCUGGAAGAUUUAUCCAGUUUGAAAUCAGAGCUCGAUGCAUUGUCCUUGACAUCUGAAGUGUUUGAGGAUGAUAACUGCAGCAGCAACAUCUCUGAAGAGGAUUCAGAGACCCAAUCUGAGUCCAGCUUGAGUUCCUGCUCAACCAGUCCUGUGGAUGUGCCCAGCUCUUAUCCUCCAGUAACGCUGCAGAGUCCCGAGUCUCUCUCUGACUUCACACUAAGCUCCACUGCUCUGGGACCCCGUAGUGAAUGUAGUGGCGCAUCGUCUCCUGAAUGUGAUGUUGAACGAGGGGACCGAGCAGAAGGCGCUGAGAAUGAAAUAAAGGACAAACAGAUUAAAAAAAAGACCAUUGAAGAAACAACUCUACAAAUUAAAAUAACACAACUUUCGGUAAAACGUGGGGAGUCCAAGGAAAAGAAAAUUGCAAAAAUGGAAGUCCACGGAUUGGCUCAGUCACCAGCAUGUUAAAUGUUGGGAAUACAAAGCUUGCCCUAAAUAUGCCGAGGAACUUACUUUGUUGAUCCGAAGAUACUGGUUUGGCCUUUUUGGUUAGAGUGUAAAUCACUAGAAAGUUUCCAGAAAAGCCGAAGUGGUCUUUGUAAUACCAGGAAAAAAGCUACAUGAGCAGUUUGGGAUUGCUGACGGGAACUUUUGUUUUGAAAGUAUAAAAUCUGCAAUGGAACAUUAACCAUGUUUAUACUUAUCAGUCUGCUUUCAGACUAUAAUGAAAGUACUUGUAGCCAAUUAGUAUUGCUAAACUCGAGGUGAACUGUCUCUCUUUCAUUCCAUGAGCGAAGAUCUAUUUAAAGUGCACAAGUAGAGUUCAGCAGAGAUCUUUGUGCUGCUUCACAUUGUGUUGGUUAUGUGCACCACUGUGUUGAGAACAAUACUGUAUAUGCUUUUGACAUUGCCAACUUCCCAGUGGGUUGGGGCUGCAGUCUUCAUUAAGAAUUUGGAUCAAUGUUGAUGACAGUCUUUAAUUUUGGUUCCCACUGAAAAAAGACCUUGACGAUAUUUCCAUUCUUCCAAUCAUCUGCAAGAACUUCCAAAUAUAAAAGAGCAAACAACGGACCCAGCAGAAGCACUUCAUUUCCUGUGUGUAACUUUGUAUGCUAUCCUUAGUAGCUUACACUGAUGAGUAGCUAACCUAGUACCAAGCUCUCGGGUCUGUGACUUAAAUCAUUCGUCUGAAUUUUUCUUGUGUAGAACAGAAGCUGAAGGUGACUACCCAGAUUGAAGAAAUUGGGUGGUUGCUUAUGAUAUUUCUGCCUUUUUAAUCCGUUGAGCUAGAUUUUUUGGCCAGUCAUAUAUCUGUAUUACUACAGGCAUUUACAGAUCUUUACUGCUGUGUAUCAUGCAUUUUGUUUGUGCGAACAGGUCAGCUGCCUUGAGCAAGGAUUGCAAUGAGAUGUAAUCAAAUUGGAAAACCUUUUGUCAGUAUUGCUACAAUAACUUAUUACAGUAGAGACUCAAACCUGUUGUGCCAAUGCUACUUUUACAUAUUUCAUGUGUAUAAAGUAGCCAGUCGUAGCCUGCAUGCCUUAUUUUGUGUUUUAGGAUAGUUCUGUAAUAUGUAUGUGUAGCACUUAGAAAUUUAAGCUAGUAUUUUAUAUACGUUUUGGUAUUACAAAACAAUUUAUGUAUGGUGCUUUGACUAUUUUUUAUGUACUGUAAUUUCCAAACCAAGCUUGUAUGUCUGAAUAUUCUGAAUACAGAUGCAGCUCACCACGGUUCUUGUGUUUUUAUAUACAUGUAGAAAAAUUGAAGAAAUGCUGCAAAGGCCAGAAUGAUAUUGUGAUUCAUCAACAGCAGUGUUUUAUAAUCCUUGAGUUUGAUAAUGUCACAAGAUUGACGAGGAUGAAGAAGAUGCUUUAACCCAUCUGCUCUCAUCCUUCCAGAAUACCCACCCAUCCCCCCAGCACCAUCAAUCAC